UUUUUCAUCUGAACGAUCUGAAAGAAUUCAAAAGCUGGAUCGAUAAGAGUUUAAUGUUAUCAUGGAGAGAUGGCUUAAGGUUUCUGCUUCUUCACAGAAUCUUCCACCAUCCAGGGUCAGUUUUAGAGGUGUUAGGAAAGCCAGGAAGUACACUUUUAUUUAAGUUUUUUCUUUUUCUUUCACGUGCUGCUCACAUCCGAGUUAAUCAGGUUUAUUUACUUUUUUGUUCACGAUGGUCUAGAGGUAAACCCUCCUCAGUGGCUAUUUGCAUGCAGUAGAGGGGAGGGAACCAGCGGGAAGGUCCCAGAGAAUGAAGGCCUUAUGUAACUGGCCCAUCCCUCCUGUGACUGCUGUUCAGUCCGGCUCGCUCAGCUUGACAGCUGCAGGAGGGCACCGUUCAGGCCCAAGGGUAACUCAGACCUCGCGGAUUCCAGCCCAAACUACUAAAGAAGGAGUUCUCUUCAGAAGCGAUUUCUGUUGGUGUUUCCCAGCAUAUGGAAUAGUCACCUUUAAAAAUAAUUUCUUUUAAAGAUCAAGAUGAUGGUGAAUGCCCUCUUGGCCAAGGCACUGUAUGACAACCACCCGGACUGCUCCGACGAGCUGGCUUUCUGCAGAGGAGACAUCCUGACCAUUCUGGAGCAAAACGUACCAGAAAGCGAGGGCUGGUGGAAGUGUGGGCUCCAUGGGAGGCAAGGCCUGGCCCCUGCCAACCGCCUCCAAAUCCUCGCCGAGGCUCCUGCAGACAGGCCCUGUGCCCAUUUCCCAAGGGGCACAGAAGAAGAUCUCGCCAGCUCAGAGGAAGCUUACCAAGUGCCCACCCUGCUCCGCCCUCCACCUCCAGGCCCCAUCUAUGAACAGAUGAAGAGCUGGGUGGAGGUGCCCCUGCCAUCCACUGCCCAAGUCUACGAAUUCCCUGACCUGUCUGCCAAUGCCAGAAUCAUCUGUGAAAAGACUCUAAGCUUCCCAAAACAGGCCCUCUUCACACUUCCCAGACCUGCCCGGGUCUCAUUGCUGGCUCUGCCUUCCCAGGUGUAUGAUGUACCUGCCCAGAGCCGGGUCCCCUCAGCCCUCAAGGAGCCGGGGAAGCAGCAGUUGUAUGAUGUCCCAGCCAGCCCCCAGAAGGCAGGACUCUAUCCUCCGCUCAGCCAGGCCAGUGGGCACAGUUUUCCCCUGACAUCAACAAUCAUAAGAAAAGACGGCUACAACACGUUACCAAACCCUCAGAAGUCAGAGUGGAUUUACGACACCCCAGUGUCUCCAGAAAAAGCCGGUGUAAGAAACGCAUCUCUAACCAGCUUCGUGGAGGACACGAGGCCCCAUGAUGUCCCCAGGUCUACUUCCAGCUUCCAUAGUCCUCCAAAUAGCAGGGCAGGGUGCCUCACCCAACAACUGUAUAGAGAUGCGCCCAGGCAGAAAAAAUUCAGCCUUCCAGAAAUUUCUGGUUAUGGCUUUUCAGCACCCAGGGACAUAUUUCCUUUGGAUGAAGGUGUCAGCUACAAGGUUCCCUCAAGUUUUCUGAUUCCUCGAGUGGAACAGCAGAACACCGAGCCAAAUGUUUAUGACAUCCCUAAAGCCAUGUCAAGCAUCCCUCAGGCUGUGAAAGAGCUGGAGAAGGCCGAUGGGGCAGCAGAGGUCUGCAGGGACCACAGUUCCUCGUGGUUCUCCAGACGGGUAACAUCCGUAUCUCCUGACCCAGACAGUUUAUCCGUUUCCAGUUCUGACAGCAGGGCCAGCGUUGUUUCCUCGUGCUCCUCCACAUCCGUGGACUCCUCUAGUGCCUCGUCCUCAGAGGAAUUAGCAAAGGAGCUCUCCUUGGACUUGGACAUGGUGAAAGAGAUGGUGACGGCUCUGCAGUGCAAGGUGGUCAGCUCUGUUGCAGGACUGAUGCUCUUUGUAAGUAGGAAGUGGAGGCUCCGAGAGUGUCUGGAAGCCAACCUGGAUGCAAUCCACAGGGCCUCCGACCACAUAGAAGAGUCCUUAAGAGAAUUUUUGGACUUUGCCCGAGGAGUCCAGGGGAUGGCCUGCCACCUCACCGACAGUACCCUUCAGGCCAGAAUCAGGGAUCAGCUACAGACAAUCUCCAACUCCUACCAGAUCCUGCUUGAAACAAAGGAAAGCCUAAAUGGCUGCAACUGGGCCCUGGAAGUUCUUGUGACCGACAAAGUCCAGAACACCCCAGAUGACCUUGAGAGAUUUGUCAUGGUGGCGCGGAUGGUUCCAGAAGACAUCAAGAGGUUUGCCUCCAUUGUCAUUGCCAAUGGGAGGCUCCUCUUUAAGCAGAACUGUGGGAAGGAAGAGAGUGUGCCCUUGACCCCAAAUGCAGAAUUUAAGCCUGAAAAAUGUGUUCAGCUUCCCCAAAGAAUUACUGAAUCACUCCAAAGGAGUACUCCUUUUAAUGAACAAAGGGAAAGUGAAAACACUCCUGAACUGUUAAAGAAAAAUAGGGCAAAUGUCUGUGGACAGAAGUUGUUUAGCCCAGAAGAAAAAGAAAAACCCAUCUUGGAACAAAGGACAGAAAAAACCAAAGACUUAGGAACAAAGACUCCCAGCUCUCUGGGGCCCCAGCUUUUGAGUCAGCAGAAUCCCGAGAAGAAAGUCCACCUUUCCGAACACUGCCGGCUCUAUUUUGGGGCGCUCUUCAAAGCCAUCAGGGUAUUUAAGGGCAGCCUCGGCAGCAACAAGACCCCCGAGACCGUCAUCAGGCAGAGCAAACUGGUCAUCGUGGUCGGGCAGAAGCUGGUGGACACGCUCUGCAAGGAGACCCAGGAGAGGGACGUGCGCAACGAGAUCCUCCGCAGCAGCAGUCAGCUUUGCAGCCUGCUCAAGAACCUGGCACUGGCCACCAAGAACGCGGUGCUCCAGCACCCGAGCCCUGAAGCCUUGGGGCACCUCCAGGCCGAGGCCGAGAAGCUGGAGCAACAGGUGUGGCAAUUCAGAGGGACGCUGGAAUGAGGUCUUCCUGCUGCACGCCUUCACGCCUUCCCCUCUUAGCUGCAGCUUCACACCCACGAUCUGUGCCACUCUGUAUCAUGGGAAGAGCCAGCCCGGGGGUGUGCGGACCCCGGAACAGCCUCAGCGUCCAAGGUGGGCAUUACCAAGUGGCUGAGCAGCCCCAGGACGUUGACUUACCCCACAGUCAGGUCUUAAGGACCUUGCUAAGUUUAGCAUAUCAGGUCGGGUAAGCCGGGACCGUGUUUGAGCGAUUUUGCUGAAAUCGAUUUUUAUUGUGGUUAAACAUGUGCAUGUUUUAAAUUCAUUCAUUCAGCUCUUAUUUACUGAGCACUGUCAAGUUUUAGGUGUUGAAGAUAAAGCAGUGAAUCAAACAGAGGCCCUGUCGACAUGGAAUUUACAAUCUAGUGGGGGAGACAGACAAUAAACUGUGAAGAAACACAUAUAAAUAAGUCAAGUGAUAAUAAAUGCAAAGGAGAAAAUAAAGUAGGGUAAGGGGAGGAUGGCUUAUUUUUAGGUGAUUAAUUUCUCUUGCAUCCAUUAGAAAAUAUAAUGAGUUUUUCAGUUUUGAUUGAAUUAAUUCUGUGAAAUUGGUACAAAAAGUUUAUGCCUCUUGCACUAAAAAAUACAUAUUUUUUUGCUAUUCCAUCUUAACCUAGUUAAAAAUGCAUGCUCUAUUUAAAACAUAGCAUGCUCUUUUGGGUUCCUUAUUAAUUUAUUUUGUACAUUAUAGAGUCUGGGUUGAUAAAUUCAGUAUGCUCAAUCAGAAAAGGUUUAUACCUUUCAACAGCAUCAAAUCUUCUGCAAUAAUUUAUAAUAUUAUUUAAAUACAAUUGGGGAUUUAAACAUCAUUUGCAGCAUUCCUCUCUUUGGAAAACCCUUUGAUCCAUGUCACCCAUAUUCUGGUACUAAAGUCAAGUCUCCAAUGUUUACUUCUGUGAUUCGAAUGCUUUUCCCUGGGCCUGCAGAGAGAUGCAGUAGAGGCCAAAUUCUUAUGUGCGAGACUAAGAUGGGAACAGCAAGCUGCCAGCCGUGGUGCAGCCAGGAAGGUGUGGUGUGGACAGGGUACCUAUCGCUGUGCACAGAUCUGGAAGUGGUGCAGAGCUGCCCUCAAGUCAAACCACCUUCUCUUCCUCUCCUUGCAGCUGGGGCUUUAGCUCCUGUUGCUAUGGUUACACCAUCCCUUUACUUGAAAUGAGGGUCACUCACUGUCUUCUCUGCUCAUGUCAGCUACACAAACACCAUUGCCAGCCUGGGAACAGCCUCUCCAAGCUGAAAGUCACCCCAAAUGGUAAUGUCCUACUCCUAGCUACUCUGUACUUGGUAGGCACUUUUGAAAUACUGACUGCUGGAAAGCUGAUUAUUUUUAUUGAGUUGGUCUCAGGGUCCUAAAAGAAGAAUCUCAUCUUCAUGAGACUUGGUUCUCUACAGUUGCACAGAGAGAUCCUAGAAGACCACAUGUUUGAAUAGCUGUAGUCCGUGUUGGUUAGAACUUCUGUUACAAGGGAUGAAAAACCAUACUCAAUCUCUCUUAAGUGAUAAAGGGAACUUAUUGACUCAAAUUAUCUUGGAAUAAUUCAGGAGUAGGCUAGCCUCGAGCCUGGCUGCUUUCAGUGGCUGUGUCUUCGAGACCCAGCUUCUACGUCCCAUUUUUUCUGGGCUAACUCCCAUGAUUGCAAUGUGGCUGCCCCCAAGUUAUAUCCUUCUUAAGAAAGAGCAAGGGACUUGAUUCUGCUUGUACUAGCUUAGUUCAGGCCCUGCCUCUGAAAAUCCCAAGAUGAGCAGGGGCCUGUAAUUUUCAAGUUGGCACAGACCUGAAUUCACCCUUGCACACACACACUUUCCAUAUGUCCUGAGAGAGGCAAAGGGAUGGUUCUUUUAAGAGCUGUGAGGUUUUACCCAAUUGCAAACCAACAAGUUAGCAUGAUUAUUUUAUGGGAACUGACAGAAGGGAGGAGAUUCUGGGCUCUGAGGCAAGGACUGUAUUCCUCACAGUGUGGCAAGCAGCUGGAACUUCAGCCUCAUUUCAGUUCCCAGCUCCCCCAAGUCCCAGAGGCGGAGAUAGGUGGAUGUAGGUGGAUAUAGGUGGGUACUGCACACACAAUGGGUUUGUGUCGCAGCCAACGAACCCCGAGCUUAGGAAACUCUAAUCCUUAUAAUGGGCUUCAAGCAAACUGCCCAACCUUCGCCUCAGAGGAAGACACUAUCUUUAUGAGGUUGGACAGCUAACAAACCUGCCUUUCUGUUCUGGAGGAAGACACCAUUUCCGUCUUCCAAGGAUGUUUACUACAAACAUCCUUGAGAAAAUGGUCCACGAGAAAACCCCUUCAGGGCCUCGACUCAGAAGACAGUCAGAGACCCACGGAGCUCUCCCCACAGGAUCCCCCAGAAAAAGUCAGGACUAUAGUUGGAAGAAGGAGAGAUUGUUGCAGGGAUAAUUUUAUACAAUAACAUUAAUAGCAGCUAUUCAUUAAGUGAUACUACAUGCCAGGCAUUGUUCUAAUUCUUUAGAUAUUUUAACUCAUUUCGUCCUCCAUAAGUACCAUACUUGCAGACAGGAAAUGGACAGGCCCUCUGGUUUCAGAACACUAUAUUUAUGUAUGUAUAUUUAAAAUGAGUUCAAACAAGAACCUUGGUUCACAAAGUACAAAACCAUUGGGUUUAAAAUCAUGAAAACUGCUGCUCUUAGCUAAAUGUGUUUCCUUCCUUUUUUGAAAGAGAGAGAUUUAUAGGGAGAGUUUCCACUGAUUCAUUCAAAAGAAUAAUUAUGUCAGAAAAUUUUUUUUAAUAUAGAAUAAAAUCACAUUUUUUUGACUUUUGGCAAAUUUUUGCUAUGUAUGUUUGUUUAAUGCCUGGAGUUCUGUAUAAUUUCCUCCCAGGAAGGAAGAGGAAAUGGUGGGUGGUAUGGUGGUGCCGUUGGUGGUAGCAACUUGACCUCAAUUAAGUUAAAUUUUAUCAGGAGGAUGGAAGUGGUGACGAGAUCUUCCAGGGUGAUAGGCACUGGGGAGUCGUGUCUCUGGUUGGGUGCCAGUUGUUUUUUACAAAACAUCUUUUUAAAAAAUGCUGUUUUUCCCGUGUGAGCACCCCAUAUCUCCAAAAGUUGCUCCCUGUGUGUGUGCACUCAUAGUGAAUGUCCCUUUUCUGUUCAUUCAUUCAUUUAACAAUAUUUAUUGAGCAUCUACUAUUUGCCAGGUCUCUGCUGAACACCAGAGAUACUGCAGGGAGCAGAACAAAGCUCUGCUGCCAUGAGGCUUUCAUUCCAGCUGGGGCAGAUGGGAAUCGGGGCCAGGACCAGGGUGAGGAGAGAGAGGCAUUGGUCACUGGCACGGUUAGGGAAGUGGAGGGAGGCCAAUUUGGCUGGAGCCGAGUGAGAAAAAUCAAAAGGGGCAAAUACCAGCUGGGAGGGGGUCCCAGGGUUAGUUCAUGUAUAUUCUUGAAAUUUUUUGUUGGAAUAUUUCCCUAGAACUGCAAAUUAAUAGUAAGUUGUGCAUUAAUAUAUCUCAGCAAUUGCCUCAAUUUUUCCACUUUAUUUUAUUUUAAUCCUCUCCAGGACACCCUCCACAAUGUGACCUUAAAUGAUGUGAAAUUCUUUUAAAACCCUAAUACCUAGUUGUUUUUUAUCCAUCCUCUUAAAAUAAGUUACUCUGCAUGUCAGCUUUUUCCAGAGUUUUAGACUUCAGCUAUGGGCAGAGCUAAUAGGAAAUCAAACCCUCAGUUUUCAGUCUGAAAUAUUUGAGAACUAUUCGAGCAGCAGUAGAUUGCCUCUGGGAAGCAUUUAAAAUAGUGGUUCUUAAUUUGGGCUUUCAGGAUGCUGUGACCUCCCAAACUGUAUGCAAAUUUUCAUAUGUGCUGACUGACAUUUUCCUGGGAAAAAAAGUCCAUAAUUUUCAUCAAAUUCUCAAAUAGGUCCAGUGACUCCAAAAAGGUUAAGAAACACUGGUUUACUAGAGGGUGAUUGUUCUCUUUUUCAUGAUGUCAUGCCCCAGCCUGUUCACAGCCUGAGUAGGGCAAAGUUGUCCCCGAGGAUUCCUAUAAGGAAAUAUGUUUUAUUAGUUCGUUCAAAAAGGCAGUGGAAAGAUGAAGCAGACAAUAACGACACCUACUAUUGAUGAUAAUAAUAACCCACACAGGAGUCUUAGCUUUGUGCAGCCUCAGGCACACAGUAGCUUAGAAACUGAUAUUCUAAAAGAGGAAACCAAGGAGGAAGAGAAAAAAAUCCAGCUGCUCUAGCUUUAAAGCCAGCACAGUUAGCACUGCUGGCUCUCCAGCAAUUUCUUAGCAGGAGAUUAAGGAAUACAAGUCAAAUGGGCCUUGGCUGAAAAAGUCCUUCAUCUACUCACUGACUGGGUGGCCCUGUACAUUUAGCUGUCAGGUUUUUCAUCUGUAAAAUAGAAGGCAAUUAUAUCCCCUACCUCCUAAUAUUAUUGUGAGGACAAAAUGAUAGAUGCUUGUAAAUCUGCAAAUGCAUGGUCAUGGUUUCAUAAAGAGCAGUGAUUUUUAUUUUUAUUUCCCAAGUGAACCAGGUGAGAUUUACCUGUCAGAUUUACCUGUCAGAAAAGAGCAAGCAAUGGUUUGAGUCUGUCUUAAGAUAUCUUUGGGGUUUAUCUUAAUUUCUGCACUAUGUGAGAGAACUAACCCCAGAACCCAUUCCCAGUACUCUCAAUUAUAAGCUGUGGUAGCUUGGAGUUACAUACCCCAGAAAAACAUGUUCGUAAUCUUAAGCCAUUCCUUUAGGUGUGAAUCCAUGGUAAAUAGGACCUUAUGAUGAGGUUACUUCACUUAAGGUGUGCCCUGACUGAAUCAGGAUGGGUUUAAUCCUAAUACUGAUGCCUUAUAGAGAAGGCCACAGAGAGAGAAGCCACGGAGAGCAGCCAGAAGCUGGAGGUCAACGGAAAUUGGACAAGAAUGAAGAAUGUCUCUAUGUGUAUUGACAGAAAAGACAAGCAAGGCCAAAGAUUGCUGGCCAGUUGGAAGAUACCGACCCGAGGAGGAAGCAGGCCUGCUAGCCUCUGAAACCCAAGCCAAUAAAUUCCUGUUGUUAAGCCAA